CAAAUAUUGCAUGAUUCCAUUGUUUAUAUGAAGUACCUAGAGUAGUCAAAUUCAGAGAGACAGAAAGUAGAAUAGUAGUUGCCAAAGUUUAGGGGUAGGAGAGAAUGAAGAGUUAGCAUUAAUGGGCACAGAGUGUCAGUUGGGGUAAAAAGAAGUUCCAGAGAUGGCUGAUGGUGAUGGUUGCACAACAGUGUGAAUGUACUUAAUGACACAGACCUGUAUACUUAAAAAUAGCUAAAAUGGUAACAUUUAUGUAUCUUUAACCACAAUGCAAAGAGCUUACAACUUGUAAGAAAAUUUUUUUAACUUUGUCUUUCAAAUUCCUAUAUUCCUUUAAUUCAUUUCUUUUUUUAAUUGACCCACAAUUGAACUAAAAAUCACUUAAUAGUUUGAAGAAAUAAAUUAGGUUAAAGUUUGCCUAACAGUGAGUUUUAGAUAAGCUGGUUUUUCUUGCCUUUAGGUGCAAGUAGGCCCAAGAUGGUUAAGUUUGUUUUCUUUUGGUUUUGGUUUUUUAAGCUAAGCUGAAAUUAAUCAGAAAGUUUAAAUUAUUAUGGUUUUCUUAGCUAACUAAAAUAAUUCAAAGAAACAGCCACCAAAUUGAGAGUUAGACUUAAAACAAAGACCUUUAUUGUUUAGCAUUUAGUAAUGGUGGAAAGGAAUUUAUUUUUAUAAAGAAGGGAUGGUAUUCCAUUGAGUUUUGUUAGAUUUGUCCCACCCUUUCCAGGGAUAGGCUGUGAGAAAGUCAUGUGAAAACCAGUGCAGGAAAACAAAGUUCAGAGCCAGGGAAAAAAGAAAAAAGUUGAGACUAAUAUAGUGUGAUUUAUAUAUAUAACUUAUUUGUACUCUGCUUGUUUAAUUUUAAAGAGUUACAAACCCACAGGAAUUGGCCUGCUACAACAUCUUUCAGACUUGAUUCUUUUGCUACUUCCUGUCUUAUUCUUUCUCUGAACAGAGAGUAAUCUUGCCAGAUCUGUGUUUUAGAAGGAUACAACUGGGAGCAGCAUAGAGGAUGGAUUGGAAUGGGGAGAGAAUGGAGAUAGGGUCAUCAAGAAGGAGAGACAUGCAAUCCAGAAAAGGACAGAGACACCUAGAUACCUGGGUUUGGAACAAGUUCCACAAUUUUCUCUGUGAACUUAAGCAAGUUAUCAACCUGCCUAAGCCUCAGUUUGUCUGUCAUAUGAAGUUAAUACUCAUCUGGCAAGGCAUUUUAAAAAUAUUUAAUCAUUCAUGAGUUGAGCCUCAUUCUUGAGUUAUGGAUGACAAAGCCUCUGUUGGAAAAAUCAGUGUCUCCUCAGACUCAGUAUCUACUCUUAAUAGUGAAGAUUUUGUCUUGGUUUCCAGGCAAGGAGAUGAGACACCAUCUACAAAUAAUGGAAGUGAUGACGAGAAAACAGGACUCAAGAUUGUAGGGAAUGGAAGUGAACAACAGCUGCAAAAAGAGCUAGCAGAUGUGCUGAUGGAUCCUCCAAUGGACGACCAGCCAGGGGACAAGGAGCUUGUGAAAAGGUCACAACUGGAUGGUGAAGGAGAUGGGCCGCUUUCUAGUCAGCUCUCAGCUUCGUCUACCAUUAACCCUGUGCCAUUAGUAGGGCUCCAAAAACCAGAGAUGAGCCUGCCAGUGAAACCUGGACAAGGAGAUUCUGAAGUGUCAAGCCCUUUCACACCAGUAGCAGAUGAGGACAGCGUAGUUUUCAGUAAAUUAACUUAUUUAGGCUGUGCCUCAGUAAAUGCUCCUCGGAGUGAAGUGGAAGCCUUAAGGAUGAUGUCCAUCUUAAGAAGCCAAUGUCAGAUUUCACUAGAUGUAACCCUCUCAGUGCCGAAUGUAUCUGAAGGAAUCGUAAGACUCUUAGAUCCUCAGACAAACACUGAAAUAGCAAACUACCCUAUCUACAAAAUUCUCUUCUGUGUCAGAGGCCAUGAUGGAACUCCUGAAAGUGACUGUUUUGCUUUCACUGAAAGUCAUUACAAUGCAGAGCUCUUCAGAAUACAUGUCUUCCGGUGUGAAAUACAAGAAGCUGUAAGCCGGAUACUUUACAGUUUUGCCACUGCCUUCCGCCGUUCUGCAAAGCAGACCCCACUGUCAGCCACUGCUGCACCCCAGACUCCUGACAGUGACAUCUUUACCUUCUCUGUGUCAUUAGAAAUAAAAGAAGAUGAUGGUAAAGGUUAUUUUAGUGCAGUUCCCAAAGAUAAGGACAGACAAUGCUUUAAACUGCGCCAAGGAAUUGAUAAGAAGAUUGUCAUCUAUGUGCAACAAACAACUAACAAAGAACUUGCCAUUGAAAGGUGUUUUGGUCUUCUCCUUAGUCCAGGAAAAGAUGUCCGAAAUAGUGACAUGCACUUGUUAGAUUUGGAAUCUAUGGGCAAAAGUUCAGAUGGAAAGUCCUAUGUUAUUACUGGGAGCUGGAAUCCAAAAUCCCCACAUUUUCAAGUCGUAAAUGAAGAAACUCCUAAAGAUAAAGUGCUGUUCAUGACCACAGCUGUUGAUUUGGUAAUAACAGAAGUGCAGGAGCCUGUUCGAUUUCUCCUAGAGACAAAAGUCCGUGUUUGCUCACCUAAUGAAAGAUUAUUCUGGCCCUUCAGCAAACGUAGUACUACUGAAAACUUCUUUUUGAAACUAAAACAGAUAAAGCAAAAGGAGAGAAAGAAUAAUACUGACACUUUAUAUGAAGUUGUGUGCUUGGAAAGUGAAUCAGAAAGAGAAAGGAGGAAAACUACAGCCAGUCCUUCAGUUCGCCUGCCACAGUCUGGAUCUCAGAGUUCAAUGAUACCUUCUCCUCCAGAGGAUGAUGAAGAGGAAGAUAAUGAUGAACCUCUCUUGAGUGGAUUUGGUGAUGUAUCCAAAGAAUGUGCAGAAAAAAUUCUUGAAACAUGGGGAGAACUGCUGUCAAAAUGGCAUCUCAACUUGAGUGUGAGACCAAAGCAGUUGUCAUCUUUAGUAAGAAGCGGUGUCCCUGAAGCUCUUCGAGGAGAAGUCUGGCAACUGCUAGCAGGCUGUCACAACAAUGACCACUUGGUAGAAAAAUACCGCAUUCUCAUCACAAAGGAGUCUCCCCAGGACAGUGCUAUUACCCGGGAUAUUAACAGGACAUUCCCAGCCCAUGACUACUUUAAGGACACAGGAGGAGAUGGACAAGAUUCUUUAUAUAAAAUAUGCAAGGCUUAUUCCGUAUAUGAUGAGGAGAUUGGCUAUUGCCAGGGCCAGUCAUUUCUUGCUGCUGUGCUGCUUCUCCAUAUGCCUGAAGAACAGGCAUUCAGUGUUCUGGUCAAGAUCAUGUUUGACUAUGGCCUCAGGGAACUUUUCAAGCAAAACUUUGAAGAUUUGCAUUGCAAAUUUUACCAGUUGGAGCGCCUCAUGCAGGAGUACAUUCCUGACCUGUACAACCACUUCCUGGAUAUAAGCCUUGAAGCACACAUGUAUGCCUCCCAGUGGUUUCUUACGCUUUUCACUGCAAAAUUUCCUCUCUACAUGGUCUUUCAUAUCAUCGACCUGCUUUUAUGUGAGGGAAUAAGUGUUAUUUUUAAUGUCGCCCUUGGAUUAUUAAAGACUUCUAAGGAUGACCUACUGUUGACAGACUUUGAAGGUGCCUUGAAGUUCUUCAGGGUUCAGCUUCCUAAGAGAUACCGCUCAGAAGAAAAUGCAAAAAAACUAAUGGAAUUAGCUUGCAACAUGAAGCAUGGAGAGCCUGCAGAUUUACCAGGACAGGAGAGAAUGGGAUUUUUCUGCCAAAAGAUUAGUCAGAAGAAGUUGAAAAAAUAUGAAAAAGAAUAUCACACCAUGAGGGAACAGCAGGCCCAACAAGAAGACCCCAUCGAGCGAUUUGAGCGGGAGAAUAGGCGUCUACAAGAAGCUAACAUGAGGUUGGAACAGGAAAACGAUGACUUAGCCCAUGAGCUGGUGACAAGCAAGAUUGCACUGAGGAAGGACCUGGAUAAUGCUGAGGAAAAGGCAGAUGCACUGAACAAGGAGCUGCUGAUGACCAAACAGAAGUUGAUUGAUGCAGAAGAAGAGAAAAGAAGACUAGAAGAUGAAUCUGCUCAGCUAAAAGAAAUGUGCCGCCGGGAACUCGACAAGGCAGAAUCUGAGAUUAAAAAAAAUAGUUCCAUCAUUGGUGACUACAAGCAGAUUUGUUCUCAGUUGAGUGAAAGAUUGGAGAAGCAGCAGACAGCUAAUAAAGUGGAAAUUGAGAAAAUUCGGCAAAAAGUGGAUGACUGUGAGCGCUGCCGGGAAUUUUUCAACAAAGAAGGGCGUGUAAAGGGCAUCAGCUCAACCAAGGAGGUUUUAGAUGAGGACACAGAUGAAGAGAAGGAGACUCUCAAGAACCAGCUGAGAGAGAUGGAACUAGAACUGGCACAAACCAAGCUCCAAUUGGUGGAAGCCGAGUGUAAGAUACAGGACUUGGAGCACCAUUUAGGCCUUGCCCUCAGUGAGGUUCAGGCAGCGAAGAAGACAUGGUUCAACCGAACACUGAGCUCCAUAAAGACAGCAACUGGGGUUCAAGGGAAAGAGACUUGCUGAGAGCAGCUGCUGCCUCCAGACACCUUCAGAAAACACGACACCUUUUGUUGCCUUCUUUGGCCAGAUGUGUGAUUCUGUGACAUGUCCCAGGACCAGAAUGUACCUAAGUCAGAUCUGUAGACACAUAUUGGUAGGUCAUUGGACCAGAGCUCAUGAAGCAGGCAGCCUCUGGGGUAAGACUACUGAUACUAACAAGCCUGCUAGUCAGCAGACGCUCUGGACACAAUCUAGAAACCACUCCUCAGUAUGACCUCCCAGGCCCCUUCCCUGUGUAGGUCAGCACCUCACCCAGCCUAAAGGCUGAGUUUACACGAUCAGAAUUUGGGGAUCCUUCAGUCUGUUGAUUUUUUUUUCCCCCUAAACCUUUCAUUUUUUAAAAAAAUAUACAUAUUAUAUAUAUAUAUAUAUAUAUAUUGGGGAGGGGGGAUCAGAAACUCAAAUAAUUUUUACCUGCUUCAGUGCCAGCAGAAGGCCCCCCAGGUAGACAUGGAAGAAGCACUUUGUUUUAAAUAGGAAGGUUUCAUAUUUGUAGUUGAAGCCACUUCAUUUUGUUAAACUAUAUAAUGCACAGGUUUUUGGUUUGGCAUUAUUCACGUUUCUGAUCAAUUCUAUGCAACUCAUAGUUCCUGUUGUUUUUUAGCAUUAGCUGCCAAGAUGACUUCACAAGGCUGGGGUGGGUGACUUGACUGUGAGACUGGAUUAAUCAUAAUAUGGACAAAUCUUAUUUUGCUUAACGUGUCGUGUGUGUGUGUGUGUGUGUAUAUAUAUAUAUAUAAAUAUCUUUCCCAGUAUACCCAGUUAACAAGUGUUUAAAUCCCAGACAGGACUGCUGAUCUGCACAGUUUAAUGAUGUGGUUAUUUGGGCACUUAACUUCACUCAAGGUUUGCUGGGCUCUGCUCUCCUCCCUGCCGUUAUAGGAGCUAUGAAGAGCUCCCUCACUUCAUGGUUCCUAGUGUUUUUGCACAACAGGUUGUCCAAGUGAGAAAGACUGAGCUGUAUGUUUGCAUCCUGCAUGUGCCUCGAGGUGUCCCAUCUCCUGGCCUGGUCCCUCCCUGACAGGCUGGGCCUCAGGCCCUCCCCAGAGUAUGGCUGGGUGCAGACCCCACGGUUCAGAUGGGAUAUAAGCUCUCACUUCAAAGCUAUGGAAGGGAGGUUUUAGCUCCUUUAAAAAAAGAAAAAAAACCUUUGACUUAAUUUAUAUAGUGAUAUGCUGACAGGCUAACUCGCAGAUGGUUUGUCGUCUUCUCUUCGUUCAGCGUGGAGGUGGCUGGUUACAAGAGACACUGGUUUGUAUAUAAAGACACUUGGGUGGUUCUGUAGCUCUUUUUCUUAUUGGCUGUACUAAUGCUUGCUGAGGUCAUCUGUGACACAGGAGGUACAAAGUGGCAACCCCCUCCCCCACACCAUCCCCUCCGCUGCUGUGUCUUUCUUGUUCAGUUACCAAAACAGCUGUAAGCCCAUCUAAUGCUAGGCACGUGGACAUUGUGCUAGGGUAGUUUCAGUGUGUCAACUUUAUGAAUUGAAAUAUAAACCAGUAAAAUUGUAUUACUAUUUCUUUUGUUGGUUUUAUUUUAACAGCAUAUUCAUUAAAUAUUUUGGUACAAACA